CUCUUCAAUCGAACCCUACCCAGGAGCGGUCAGGCGCGUGACCCCGCGUGACCGGGGCGCGCGAGCCGAGAGGCCCUGGAAACGGGACUCUGGGACCCCACUGAAAGAAAGGCAACCAGAAAAGGCGAAACGACAACCUCGAUAGUGAUUGGAGCUGAUGGAACGAGGGCGGAGCUAAAGUUCCAGAAUACUGGCCAAUCAGAGUUUAAGAUUAUCAGGGAGCCCGGGAAGGGGAAAGGGGCGAAAUGGUUCUAUGGUCACAUGCCGCGGGGUCUGGUGGGAGGAGCGGUUGCCCAGCGGCCUCUUGGCGCUUCCUGUUUCCGGUUCCCAGAGUGGGGCACGGCGAGGCGCUGGGGAACGCUGGCCUCUGAAACUAGCUCUGGGACUGGGGUCUGCGGCCGGCCCCUAGCUGGCCCCGUCUCCCAUCCCCAGAAGGGUAUUCACUGGGGAUUCUGAGCUUUGGCUGCUCCAGUUUCCCACGACACGUGAGUAUGAGGGGCGUGGAGGAGAAGGCGGGCUGGGGUGCGCUCACACUUAAGCGUCUAUGACAGGAGCCGGAAUCGCAGUCUCCCUUGACCAUGGUUCUAGCUAAAGAUCUGGCUGAGGAGCCCUAAGGGUAGAAUGGAGGCGGAGGCGUAAGAGCGGAGAGCCACGGAGUUCCGAAAGGUGUGAGGGAGAAAGGACUUCCAAGACCAGAGAGGGGAUUUACCAUAUUUAGAAAGCAGGGAAAGGAAGAUACCCCAAGUAUGGAGUCCGUUGGAGGUGUUCGUGGAUUUAUUUGUAGGAAGAAUUUUGGCCUGCAUCACGGUGGGAGGUCAAGUGGCAUCAUUUGGAGAAGGAUGUUCCCUUUCUACAGCUGCUGGAGGACUGGACUGCUGCUACUACUACUACUCCUGGCUGUGGCAGUGAGAGAAUCCCGGCAGACAGAAGAAAAAACUUGCGACUUGGUAGGAGAAAAGGGUAAAGAGUCAGAGAAAGAGUUGGCUCUAGUGAAGAGACUGAAACCACUGUUUAAUAAAAGCUUUGAGAGCACUGUGGGCCAGGGUUCAGACACAUACAUGUACAUCUUCAGGGUGUGCCGGGAAGCUGGCAACCACACUUCUGGGGCAGGCCUGGUGCAAAUCAACAAAAGUAAUGGGAAGGAGACAGUGGUAGGGAGACUGAACGAGACUCACAUCUUCAACGGAAGUAAUUGGAUCAUGCUGAUCUAUAAAGGGGGUGAUGAAUAUGACAACCACUGUGGCAAGGAGCAGCGUCGUGCAGUGGUGAUGAUCUCCUGCAAUCGACACACCCUAGCGGACAAUUUUAAUCCUGUGUCUGAGGAGCGUGGCAAAGUCCAAGAUUGUUUCUACCUCUUUGAGAUGGAUAGCAGCCUGGCCUGUUCCCCAGAGAGCUCCCACCUCAGUGUGGGUUCUAUCUUACUUGUCACGUUUGCAUCACUGGUUGCUGUUUAUGUUGUUGGGGGGUUCCUAUACCAGCGACUGGUGGUGGGAGCCAAAGGAAUGGAGCAGUUUCCCCACUUAGCCUUCUGGCAGGACCUUGGCAAUCUGGUAGCAGAUGGCUGUGACUUUGUCUGCCGUUCUAAACCUCGAAAUGUGCCUGCAGCAUAUCGUGGUGUGGGGAAUGACCAGCUGGGGGAGGAGUCAGAAGAAAGGGAUGACCAUUUAUUACCAAUGUAGAUUGCACUUUAUAUGUCCAGCCUCUUCCUCAGUCCCCCAAACCAAAGCUACACAGCCAGAUUUCUCAAGCAGUCUCAACUCCAGUCCCUCAUCUCACCCUUACUAUUGCUCUUGCUUUCCAGUUUGCUUUUGAUUUGCAUCUUCUCACUAGUAAAACUGCCUUCCCUUUGUUCCUUAUUUUCUGUUUUUUCUCUAGAGGGGUACAGUUGUAAGUCAGAGUUGAUAUAAUAGGAACUGUGAAAACAGAGGCUUUUGCACUGUCUCUUGACAUCAGAAGGUACAAUAGGCAUAUGGGCAAAAUGGUGUGGCAGGCUCACUGGCCCUUUGUUUUUUAAACACAUUUUCACAAAUUUUUGAGACACUGGAUUUCUUUAAUUUAAAAAAAAUGCCAAGAAACAUUAUUUAUACAGGUUUGAUUGCUUUCAUGUUAUUCUGUACCCUAUAGUAGUCUCCAUGAGAAUCUGGUAUUUCUUGCUGCUUGGAACUACUUUGCAGUGAUUACUUGGUUGCAGUCCAAGUACUCUCAUUUAGUCUGAGCCUGGAGAUAUUCUAGACUUGCUUCUCCCACCUCUGGGAUUAGGACAGGAAAAAUGUGCAAUUUCCCAAUUACAGGAUUAUACCGUACCAUCACAUGAUUUGUGGAAACUGGGGUGACUGUAUAGCUGGGAUUGGGCUAAAGAUUGUGGUCUUAUCUGUCCACAUACAGCCAAAAUGCCUAUCCUGAAAUCCAGUCCGUUGGAAAGGAAAAUUGGAACUCCUGUGCCACAGGGGUUCCAGAAAAGGGAAGUCACUUUACCUUGCGGUGGUGGGAUCCUGAUGUCUCUCAUCCAUUUGUAGUAAAAGCUGGUAAAGCUUUUCUUACCCCUGGUUCCCUAUACCAGUAUUUCUAAACAUAUGUCGCACUUUCUCCACAGGCAUGUGGUUUUGACCUUUUUUUCAAUCUAGAAAGGGAACGGAAGCAGAAGUGGGACAUCGAGGGCUCUGCUGUCCUCUGCGCUGGGUGUGGAAUGCUGCUGCACCUGUCCCUUCUGCUGGCUCAGGGAAGUGUCUUCUUGCCCACAUUUCUGUGGGGAAAGGUUUUUAAUCCUCUGAUGCUUCCAUCUUCCUGUUUAGGCCAUGUGCCCAGAAACCUGGACUGAUCUUUCUUUAAUAGUGAACCCCUGGGCCACUGAAGAGUAACAUGGCUCCACUGGACACAAAAGAGGGAUGGAAUCAGCAGGCAGGGGGCCUUUUAUAAGCCUUAGGAAAAGAAAAUGAAACUUUCAUCUUUGGACUUUUCAGUACUAUUGGAGUGAUUUUCUUCUUUCUAAACAGGGAAAAUAAUGUUACAAAAGCAUCUUUUUUGUUAUUUGUUUGCAUCCCUCCCCCACACCCUGGUGUUUUAAAAUGAAGAAAAUACCAUCACUUUUUGUACAAAAACUCUUAAUGAUUAAAAAACAAAACAUUGGCCUUGUCA